AUGUUACUUGUUUUUUAUGCCAAAAGUCAAUGGAAAGUUGGGUUCCUGCAGUCCUUGUGUUUAUAUUUUGAUGAAAAUAAUGGUGGUAAUUAUAAUUAUGAUGAUGGUGAUAAUAAUAACGAUAAUGAUAAUUAUGAUGGGGAUAAUAAUGAUGAUGGUAAUGAUGAUGGUGAUGAUAAUGAUAAGAUGGUGUUUCUUGAAUAUAGAACUCAAAUGCUAGGAUCUUUUAAUUUAGAAUAUCUAAAAGAUUGGCACCAAAGAAUUGGAGAUCCAAAGGGAGAGGAGGAACGUGAAGAAGUACGUAUGGUGAUGGAUUUGUUGUGUGUGAUUUUAAUGUCGAUGUCGGUGUUACAUAAUUUGGUAUUACUUGUUAUGGUUGAUAAUAAUAUUGGCCAUCUCGUAAAACGAGUUGGCGAUUUGUAG